GAGAAUGAGUAAGCCUUGCACUUGCUUGAUGUAAAUAACAACAGGAGAAAUGAGCCACAAAGGGACCAUUGUCCUGUUAUUGAAAUAAACUUGAAAGGUAAACCAGGGCUGUGGUGCUACGUACAAGUGCAGCAACCAUGGGACGAGCGAAUCAAGCUUCCUCUGAUGACCAGCAGGUCAGCUUCGAGGCCGCUGACCAUGGAGACAGCGUCCUGGCCGGUCUGAAGCAUCUCAGAGAAAAACAACAAUUGUUUGAUGUCACUUUUCUUGUGGAGGGUCAGACAUUCCAGGCACACAGAGUGGUGCUGGCUUCUUGUAGUGACUACUUCAGGGCAAUGUUUACUGAUGGGCUAGUUGAGUGUCAAAGAGAGACCAUACCAUUGAAUGGAGUCACAGCAAAUGGAAUGAAAAAUCUCAUUGAUUUUGCAUAUUCAUCCAAAUUAUUAUUGGACUUUGACAAUGUAGAGGACAUUCUUUUGUCAGCCAAUCAUGUCCAGAUGUUGCCAGUCCUUCAAGCCUGCUCAGACUUCCUCAAACAACACCUCAGCAUUGAGAAUUGUAUUGACAUGCUCAGGUUAACAAAUUUGUUGUGUAUUAGAAAACUGAAAUCCAAUGUACUUAAGUUCAUGUGUUCCAACUGGACCAAAGUAUCUGUCACACCUGAUUUCUGCACCAAGAUGACUGCAGACCAGUUCUCAAGUGUGCUGAAGAGUAAUUUUCCCAUGAACUGUUCUGAAACAGAUGUGCUGUCCACGGUAAUCAGCUGGACCAUGUAUGAUAUAAACUCAAGACAGCAACACUUCUUGCCAUUGCUGAAACUUAUACAAGUAGAAAACAUUUUGAAAUCAAAUUUAUGUACUAUGCCAAAUAAAAUUGAAUUUGACCAUUUACUUGGUUCACAUCCAAACUUUCAGAGCUAUUUCUAUGAUUCUUGCCAUGAUUUCAGUGCUGGUUUACAAGAUUCAGGGCUGGCUAAUAAUAGAGGGUUCACAAAAGCUUUAAUUUGUGUUGGUGGAUUUAGUCCCAAUGGUGGAAUGACCAAUGACCUUCGUUUUUACAGUCCAGAAUCUACCUCUUGGAAAACUUUUACAACCAUUCCACACAUCAAACAGUGCAAUUUUGGCUUAACAGUAUUAAACAGUGAAGUAUUUGUUGUUGGAGGUUGCUUCAAUGACCAAAUUCAGGAAGUUGUACAUCAAUAUGGAUUCAGAUAUAAUCCUGAAAAAGACACUUGGAAAAGCAUUGCACCCAUGAAUCUGGAGAGGUGUCGAUUUUAUCUUGGUGCUCUUGGCGGGAAAUUGUAUGCUAUAGGAGGAGAUCCUUCAGCAAGCAUUGAUGUAUCUUUAGACUCUGCCCCAUGUGAAUGUUUUCAUCCAGAGGAAAACAAAUGGACAACCAUUUCUCCUCUGCCUGGAAAUCGCGCCCAACAUGCAGGAGUGGUGUUUGAAGAUGCAUUGUAUAUUUCCGGUGGUCUUCAGGACGCCGAUGAAGAGUUUUACACCAGUUUCUUCAAAUAUGAUGCUGCAUCCGACAACUGGACUGAAUUGGCUCCCAUGCUAACACCGAGAGCAGACCACGCCAUGUUCAUUUAUCAGGGACAUGUUUACGUGGUGGGGGGAUGGCAUGAAAAUCCAAAUCAACAGCGAAUCAUGGUCGCUGAUUUGGAUCGCUAUAACCACGUGACGGACAGUUGGGAAACUCUAAUCACCCUCCCUGAUCCUCGUUUAUAUGCCUCACACACGAUACUGAACAACAAAUUGCAUAUUGUUGGCGGAUGGAUCAACGGAAACUACCAACGGAAGGCACAAUCAGUGCAGACGAUAGAUAUGGAAACACUUGCCAUUACCACAAAAGCAAUGACCAAUAUGGAGGUCUGGGAACAUGGAGCCUGCUCUUUAUACAUUCCUCAGUGUAAAAUGAACGAAAAUUGAUUGGCUCUGAUUUUCUGUUAAAUAUAUUUCAAGAACCUUGUUCAGGAAGAAAUUUGACCACAACCAGAAGUAUUUUUUUAAUUUCUUCAUUUGUUUUGUCAUAUUCACAUAUUUAUAUGUUAUAUGUGCAUGUUCAUAUUUUAAUCAAAAUAUACGAAUUUUUCUGCCACUUUUUGUUUUGAUAUUAAAAAAAAUGUUUUGUUGUUUUAUUUUGCUAAGAAUGUUUUCUUAUUUGAAAUCCCAUUGUACGGUAUCA